AUGCUGCCUCGGCUUCUCCAGCCUUCGCACCUGCUCUGCAACAUUGUGCUGUCUAUGCUCGCUGGCAGCAACACAGCGGACUUGAUGAAUUACACGGCAGACGGCUGUCUCUGCAAAGAAGAGUGGAGCUACCAAGGCAUAACCUGCUCCAGAUAUUGUUGCAACCCUGACAAUGACACUUUAGGAGACUGGUGUUUCGUCGUGAACCAAACCACGUGCCAAGGGCAAACAUAUGGGUAUUGUGUCUCCCCCACAACAUCCUCUACAUCCACAAGUGCCACCAUGACCAUAUCAACAUCUUCAACAUCGCCGACAGCAACUCGAACUUCAUCAACAACUUCCACCUGGACAUCAACGCAUACAACACAGACGUCAACACUGACAAUGACAUCGUCAACCCUGACAGCAACCUCGAGCACGUCAACUAGCGUGUCAUCCUCUUCAACCCUCACACAGACACGAACUUCAAGCACCCAAACAUCAAGCACAACGACCUCAUUUUCUACAAGCUCAACCACGUCGAUCAGCCAGUCCUCCUCGAGUUCGUCAAGCUCGUCCGAAAGCAGCACAUCAACAGUUUCUGUAAGCUCAUCCACGUCCAGCAGCAAGUCAUCCUCCACGACUUCAUCCAGUUCAUCUCACAGCAGUACUUCCUUGGUGACAACAAAAUCAACCACCAGCACCAUCUCAUCUACACACCUAUCAACCAGCCAGUCGACAACGCGGAGUAUUACGUCAACCUCCAGCUCCGCGUUGACCUCGGCCGAGACCAGACAAGAAAUAGUGCUUCCUGGGCCAGACGUGCCUGAUGUUGUCGAUUAUUCUCCGGUUGCAUGGGUGGCCAGCGCUUCUGUCUGCAGUUGUGUAUUCUGUAGUUGCCUGUGCCGGCGCUUGCGGCGAAGAGACGCGGCGAAGGUAGGACCUGCCUCUGCCGAGAUCAGUUUCUCGCAUCUUUUGCCGGAAGGUGGGGCUUUGCACAGCCAGGAGGAGGACUUCACUGAUGGGUUGCGCGACUUACUCCGCGAUCUGGAACAGGCUUGCUCGCGCAAGCUUGCAAGGGAAGCUGACCGGAAAGAGGCACUGCUGCAAGCUUGCCAAAGGUGGGCUUCAAGACAAGUGGAAUCUGAACCAAGAGCCGAAGUAGAGCUGCAUCGAUGGUCUGCAAGUCUCCGUGCACUGAUCGAGCGCGAAUGGGAUACAGAGGGCUUAGACUACCGUGGUGCAGCCUUUCGCAAGCUGAAGCCCAAGGUUCUUGCUGAGUGGCGUGCCUGGCGCGGCCAGCAGAGCCAGCACUGA